AUGGCAAGCACUUAACCACUAUGCUUACCGUGAUGCAGUGUUCCUUGCAGAAAGAUUAUAUGCAGAAGGCUUGCAGAAGGAGAGCAGAUCUUAUCUGGUGGAGUGUUGAAUAAACAGAAAAGCCAUGAUGACAUUGUUAUGGAGUUUGGUGACUCUGCAUGCUUUACGCUCUCCUUACUGGGACAUGUCUACUGCAAGACAGACCGGCUUGCCAAAGGAUCAGAAUGUUACCAAAAGAGCCUUAGCUUAAAUCCUUUCCUCUGGUCCCCUUUUGAAUCGCUAUGUGAAAUAGGUGAAAAACCAGACCCUGACCAAACAUUUAAAUUAACAUCUUUACAGAACUUCAGCAGCUGUCUGCCUAACACUUGCACAACGUUGGUAUCUAAUCACAACAUAUCCCAUAGACAGCCUGAGACUGUUCUUAUGGAAACGCCGCAAGACACAAUUGAGUUGAACAGAAUCAACCUAGAAUCCUCCAAUUCAAAAUACUCCUCCUUGAACACAGAUUCUUCUAUGUCUUACAUUGACUCGGCUGUAAUUUCCCCAGAUGCUGUCCCUCUUGGGUCAGGAACUGCCAUAUUGUCUAAACAGGCUCAAAAUAAACCAAAAACCGGGCGGAGUUUACUGGGGGGACCUGCGGCUUUGAGCCCACUAACUCCAAGCUUUGGAAUUUUGCCACUGGAAACCCCAAGCCCUGGAGAUGGAUCAUAUUUACAAAACUACACAAACUCUUCUUCUGUAAUUGAUGUGCCAUCCACAGGAGCACCUUCAAAGAAGACUGUCAGCAGGAUAAGCCAAGCUGGAACAAAAUCUGUCUUCUCACAGAGCGGAAAUAGCCGGGAAGUCACUCCAAUUCUUGUUGCACAAACACAGAGCUCUGGCCCACAGACAAGUACAACACCUCAGGUAUUGAGCCCAACAAUUGCUGCUCCACCAAACGCACUGCCUCGAAGAAGCUCUCGCCUAUUUACUAGUGAUAGCUCUACAACAAAGGAAAACAGCAAAAAAUUAAAAAUGAAGUUUCCACCUAAGAUUCCAAACAGAAAAACAAAAAGUAAAACAAAUAAGGGAGGAAUAACUCAACCAAACUUGAAUGACAGUUUGGAAAUUACCAAACUGGACUCUUCCAUCAUUUCAGAAGGGAAAAUUUCCACUGUUGCGCCACAGAUCCAGGCUUUUACGCUACAGAAGGCAGCAGCAGAAGGUUUGAUGAGCCUUCUCCGUGACAUGGGGAAAGGUUAUUUAGCCUUGUGUUCAUACAACUGCAAAGAAGCGAUAAAUAUUUUAAGCCAUUUACCAUCCCACCACUACAACACUGGCUGGGUGCUGUGCCAAAUUGGGAGAGCUUACUUCGAACUUGCAGAAUAUAUGCAGGCUGAGAGAAUAUUUUCAGAAGUAAGGAGGAUUGAAAACUACAGAGUAGAAGGCAUGGAGAUCUAUUCGACUACGCUGUGGCAUCUGCAGAAAGAUGUUGCUCUUUCAGUUCUUUCAAAGGACUUGACGGACAUGGAUAAAAACUCACCGGAGGCAUGGUGUGCUGCAGGAAACUGUUUCAGCUUGCAACGAGAGCAUGACAUUGCAAUCAAGUUCUUCCAGAGAGCCAUUCAAGUUGAUCCAAACUAUGCUUAUGCCUACACCCUGUUGGGGCAUGAAUUUGUGUUAACAGAAGAGCUAGACAAAGCAUUAGCUUGUUUUAGAAAUGCAAUCAGAGUCAACCCUAGACACUAUAAUGCAUGGUAUGGCUUGGGAAUGAUUUAUUACAAACAGGAAAAAUUCAGUCUAGCAGAAAUGCAUUUCCAGAAAGCACUUGAUAUCAAUCCUCAGAGCUCAGUCUUACUGUGUCACAUUGGAGUAGUCCAGCAUGCACUGAAAAAAUCUGAAAAGGCUUUGGAUACUUUAAACAAAGCUAUUAACAUUGACCCCAAGAACCCGCUAUGCAAAUUCCAUAGAGCUUCUGUAUUAUUUGCAAAUGAAAAAUACAAGUCUGCUUUACAAGAACUUGAAGAACUGAAACAGAUUGUUCCCAAAGAGUCUCUUGUUUACUUUUUAAUAGGAAAGGUUUAUAAAAAACUGGGUCAAACACAUUUGGCCCUAAUGAAUUUCUCAUGGGCAAUGGACUUGGAUCCCAAAGGAGCCAAUAACCAGAUUAAAGAGGCCAUUGAUAAACGUUACCUUCCAGAUGAUGAGGAACCAAUAACUCAAGAAGAACAAAUCAUUGGCACAGACGAAUCCCAAGAGAGCAGCAUGACGGAUGCAGAUGACACACAGCUCCACGCAGUUGAAAGUGAUGAAUUUUAA